AUGCUGCAUCCCAGAGCGUUGCUGUGUUCAGAUGUCAAUACCCCAAAAGGCUGCGUCUGCACCUCCUCACAACCUCGUGGGCAUCUUGGGGUCCGGCCUCGGUGCCACCGGGAGCUCUCGGCCAGCCUGCACCCCUCUCUUGUGUUGCAGGCCGUGUUUAACCUGCUGGUCCCGGACCACGCUGCCGACGCCUUCUCUCCGCCGCGGCUGGGCCCGCGAGGCCCGUGGGACGCGCUGGUGGAGCGGCUGCUGGGCGGGCUGGGCCGCUGGGACGCCGAGCAUUUCCUGUUCAUCGCCGAGCGCGGCUACCUGCUGGAGCACAACUGCGCCUUCCUGCCGCUCUUCCCGCUGGGGCUGCGGCUGCUGGCCGGGCUGCUGCCGUGCCCGCUGCAGCCGCGCGGCCGGCUGCUGCUGGCGGCCGCGCUGCUGAACGCGCUGCUGUCGGCGCUGGCGGCCGCGGCCCUGCUGCGCCUAGGCCGGGCCGUGCUGCGGCGGCCGCGCCAGGCCUUCGUGGCCGCGCUGCUCUUCUCCCUCAGCCCGGCCGGCGUCUUCAUGGCCGCUGCCUACUCGGAGAGCGCCUUCGCCGCGCUGGCCUUCAGCGCCAUGUGGCAGCUGGAGAAGGGGCACGGCUGGCUCAGCGGGCUGCUCUUCGCCCUGGCGUCCGGGGCGCGGGCCAACGGGCUGGUCAACGCGGGCUUCGUGCUGUACUGGCGCGGCAAGCGCUUCGCGCUGCGGCUGCAGGACGGAGCGGCGCUCCCCGCGCUGGCGAAGCGGGCCCUCGGCCUGGCGUCUUCGGCAGCCCUGCUGUGUGCCCUGAUUUCCCUGCCUUUUGCGGUGUUUCAGUACUACGCCUACGUGAGGUUCUGCGAGCCCGGCACGGGGCUGGGCCAGGCCGUUCCCGAGCCGCUGCUGCAGCUGGCACGGGACAAGGGCUAUCGUGUGGCAGGCGCGGCUGGGGAUAAACCCCCUUGGUGCUCCCAGCGCUUCCCUCUGGUCUAUUCCUAUAUCCAGGACACUUACUGGAACGUGGGCUUUCUAAGGUACUUUGAGCUCAGACAGAUCCCCAAUUUCUUGCUAGCUCUGCCUGUCACCCUUCUGAGCUCAUGGGCUGCCUGGACCUACGUCAGCACAAACCCCCGGCACUGCCUGACUCUUGGUCUAGAGAGGAGGAAGAGUGAAGAGAGAGGAAAGGCAAGAGAUGGAUUUUGUGGCCCUGCUGCCUUCGUGUAUGUGGUCCACAGCACGGCCCUGCUGGCUUUCGGGUUCUGCUGCAUGCACGUGCAGGUGCUGACCCGGUUCCUCGGCUCCUCCUCUCCCAUCCUGUACUGGUUCGCAGCUCACCUGCUUCAGGAACACGAACCUUUGCUCUGGAGCACAGGGGCUGAUAAGCCAGCCUCUGGGAAGGCUCUUCUGGGUAAAUCUCCCAGUUCCUGUGGGAAAGGGACCUCGGACAACCCCGUUGUGAGGCUGCUGCUGAACUGGCGAUCGAUCACCCCCCUCAGCAAGAGCAUCCUGGGCUUCUUCCUGGGCUACUGGCUGCUGGGACUGAUCCUGCACUGCAACUUCUUCCCGUGGACGUAGCUGGUGGGAUAGGAGCUCGGCUCAGAACUGAAACUACCUGCUCUGAAAGCCUGAGGUGGCUGUGGUGACGCUGUCGUUGCAGUUACAAAGGUGUUACUCCUCCGUUGCCACCUCCCAUGCGGGAUGUUCUCUGCGGUGUGAUGCUGCAGCAUCCUGCCCCGCUCAGCUGGCAUUGCUGACAGCCAAAAUUCCCAUCCCGUGCCUGGGAUGGGGAAUGCACCUCGGUUCCUGCCUCUCCUGGGGGAGAUGACGGCAGGCACGGACUUGUGGCAGGAUGCUGUGAGGGGUUUGGGGAUUGCCUGGGAUGUGCUGUGGGCACGGCAGGAGGCUCCGGCUGCCCUGUGCUGCUCAGACUGCUCCGCUUCCUUGCCCAUGGAGCCAGGCUGGGCAGGGGCAGGCGGGUGGUGGGCGCUGCGUGGGCACUGCACGACCCCAAUAAACACGGGAAGGUUACCGGA